UCCUGGUGGGGGGCUCUAGAGAUGUCACUGUUUUCCACGGAUCUAUACCUGUCUUGUGCUCAACAAAUCAAACAUGUGCACACAGAAUUCCCUUGCUGUGCUGGUGGAUUCCUGUUUUUCAUGGAAAAAUAGAAAAAUACCUAUGGAACUACUGAGUUCCCCCACUCUGGUGGAUUCCCUCUGAAUAACGGAGAAGGUGGAAGGGCUGGUGCCAGGUUAGAGCAGCCUGGGAUUGCACCUGAGACACGGAGAUGGGAGAAGAUGUGAGGAAGCCCUUGGGUUCUGCUGGCAGGAGAAGGUGAUCUGACUGCGCUGGGUUGGGAUGGAGGAUAAAGUGUCCUGCUCGGGGCAUGGGUUCUACUGGGAAUCAUGUUGUCCAUCCUUCUGUCCUGUCUCUGGCAGGUCUAUAACCUGACUCAGGAGUUCUUCCAACGAGGUAAACCAGUCAAUGCCGAGAGCCAGAACAGUGUGGGCGUCUUCACGCGGGACGUCGUGCGCAAACGCGUCAAGGCCGACCCGGAUGACACGGAGGCCGUCAAGAAGCUGAAACUGGCCAUGAUCCAGCAGUACCUGAAGGUAGAGAGUUGUGAGAGCAGCUCCCACAGCAUGGAUGAAGUCUCGCUGAGUGAAUUUGGGGAAUGGACCGAGAUCCCUGGGGCUCAUCACGUCAUUCCUUGUGGUUUCAUUAAAAUUGUGGAGAUUUUGGCCCGCUCCAUUCCCAAGUCUGUCAUUCAGCUCCGCAAGCCGGUCAAGUGCAUCCACUGGAACCAGUCGGUCAGCAAGGAGAUUGAGAGGGUGGCUGACCACAACAGUGACCUCCCUGAGGAGAACAAGAGCUCUGAUGUCUUCGUGGAGUGCGAGGACUGUGAGUUCAUCCCAGCUGACCACGUCAUCGUGACCGUGUCACUGGGAGUCUUGAAGAAACGCCACGAGAGCCUGUUCCACCCCCGCCUGCCCGAGGACAAGGUGAUGGCCAUUGAGAAACUCGGGAUCAAUACGACUGACAAGAUUUUCCUGGAGUUCGAAGAGCCUUUCUGGAGCUCUGAAUGCAACAGCAUCCAGUUUGUCUGGGAGGAUGAGGCAGAGAGCGAGAGCUUGACUUACCCCGAGGAGCUGUGGUACAAGAAGAUCUGCAGCUUUGACGUGCUGUACCCACCGGAGAGGUACGGCCACGUCCUCAGUGGCUGGAUCUGUGGAGAAGAGGCUUUGAUUAUGGAGAAGUGUGAUGAUGAAACUGUGGCAGAAACCUGCACCGAAAUGCUACGUAAAUUUACAGGGAAUCCAAACAUUCCGAAACCUCGCCGGAUCCUGCGGUCCUCCUGGGGCAGCAACCCCCACUUCCGUGGAUCCUACUCCUACACCCAGGUUGGGUCUAGUGGGGCCGACGUGGAGAAACUCGCUAAACCACUGCCUUACGCCGAGAGCUCCAAAACUCCUCCGAUGCAGGUGAUGUUUUCGGGGGAGGCCACUCACAGGAAGUAUUAUUCCACGACCCACGGUGCUGUGCUCUCUGGGCAGAGAGAGGCUGCUCGUCUCAUUGAGAUGUACCAGGACCUCCUGCAGUGCCGGACCUGAAAGAGCCCUGCCGGUGACCACCACACCUCCCAGACCCUCCUGCAGGUGUGUGGAGGGGCUCUUUUUUAAUUCAGUUCACAGUAGAACAGCCUUUAUCUUUUCUAUUAAAAAAUAAAAACCCCUAAUUGUUAAAAAUGUUAGUCAUCAAUAGCUUCAUUUCCAUGUGCUGUAUUGUUAACAGGGGAAGGGUGCUCCUUUGGUCUGGUAAACCGUUUCUUUGUCAUUUUAAUUCUAAUUUCACUUUUGGUGCCUAUCAUAUGUUUUUUUUUUUCUCUGUUUCUCUUUCUGUAUUGUAAGUGCCUUCUAUACUAAAAUAAAUGUUGUAAUAAAAAGACUGGGUGCUGUGGUA